AUUGCGUGUACUUCAUCUUCCGGUCUUCAUAAACAGCAUGGCGAAUUUAGAGCACGCAGAAGACAACCCAAAACAUGUGAAAAUGUCCGGGGAAAUAUGCGCCUCCAGUGCUGUAGUAAACCGACAGAAGAGCCCUCAGUCUGGCAGAGAUACCGGCGUGGUCCCGUGCGCUAUCCCGUCGUUCUCAGCCGCCUCCGAGCUGCUGUCAGCGCCGUACUCGUGUCUGGUCAUGAACGUGCACCGGAGACACAUUGCCCUGCCGCCCAUGUACCUGUACAAGAAGAGGACAGGUAUACAGGAGGAGCUGGAAACCGAGCUGCUCAAGUUCUCACCGAGUCUAAUGGGAGUACCACUGGCUUAUGAGAACAUCAGGAUUGUGGGCCGGCGCGGUAACAUCUACGACGACAGCGGCUUCAUCCACAUGAAUAUAGAGGCCAACUUUAUUGUCUUUGAGCCCCAAAAAGGACAGAAACUGCUGGGGAAAGUUAAUAAACUAGGACAAAGCCAUGUGGGCUGCCUUGUGCACGGCUGCUUCAACGCCAGCAUCCCCAGACCCAACCUGGUUUCUGUGGAGACCUGGCGGGACGCAGGGCCGAGAAUCGGAGCAGAAAUGGAGUUUGAGGUGACUGCACUCGACGCUGACACUGCGGGGGUGCUGCUGAUCAGAGGACGGCUGGACAGGACCAGGGUGCAAGAGCUUCUGGCUAUGGGUGAAAGCUGCGAGUCCGUGGUCCCUGCAGACCAGCCAGAAGCACCUGAGCCAGAACUGAACCCAGAAGCCACAGAGGAGUCUCCCAAAGACACCCCAAAGAAGAAGAAGAAGAAGAAGAAGAAGGACAAAGUCAAAGUCAAAGAGGAGGAGGAGGAGGAGGAGAGAGAAGAGGAGACGACAGGAACCUCCUGCCAAUUGGACAGCAACACAACACCAAAGCUGAAUGGAACAAUGAAUGAAGCAAAUGACAAUGAAGCUGGUGAGAAGAAGAAGAAGAAGAAGAAGAAAAUUAAAAAACAUGUAAAAGAAGAGGAGGUGGAGGUUGAGUUCUCUCCCACGGAGGUCCACUGCAGUGACUCCAGCGGUUACCUUAGUGACAAGCCAAAAAGAAAGAGGAGACAUGAAACUGGUACAGAUGUCACAACUAGUUUUAGUGAAGAUCCUGAACCACCAAAAUCCAAGAAGAAGAGGAAAAGUGACACUGAACAAUUUGCCUGAAAAGUUGUUUCGCUGUUUGGAAAUCAGGUUGAUUGUUUGUAAUAAUUGAGGUAAUUCAACAUUAAUGACGACAAUGUUUCUGGAGGAUUAUACAGACGUGCCUUAACAAAUUAAACACAAUUUUUUAGCAAGUGAGAUCUCUGGUGGGUUCUUUCGAGAUCCUCUAAAAGCGUUUCUAGAGAGCGUCAGACUUGCUGCAGGAGCCUUUCUACAGUCAUGUGUUGUAACUUGUGGAAAAGCUUAAAGAAGAGUGUAACUCCCUCACACAGCCUGAGGGGGGGAGCAGAACUGCUUCAUAUGUCAAGACUGGGACACAAAAACAGAGGAGUGAAACCAUGUCAACUUCAUCUACAAUGGUUCUGAGAGUAAAUAAGGUCUUUGCAUUGGAUUUUUGGAGCCAAAUGGGCGAAACCUACUUCAUAUCAAUGCUCUGUACAUACUUAUGUUUGGUUACUGGAGAAGGAAGGCUAGACAGCUGAGACUGCCAAGCUCAGUUUAAGAAACUAUUCUUUUCGUUUCACUGAAAACCAACAGACAUGUACAUUAAAUCUUCUGAUCUCCUCCCAAUUAAAGAGCUCUGUAUUUUGAGA